UCUGACUGUGAGGUUUUUCUUCCUCUGUAGGUUGGUCAAUUGAUAUGAAGUGCGAUCCUACAGGCGACGGUGUCAGCCUGUGACACCCGGAGCUGCUCAGGUCUUUGCUUUCUCCUCCUCUGGAUGCUGGGCAUGGCAAUCCCACUCCAUCACAAAUCACCUGCGAUCGCUCUGCUUCAGAAGAUUCAGACGAGUGAGCUGGACACUUUUGGCAGGCAAACUCUGCAGUUACCUAUAAGUGGCGAUGGACCUCUGAAUGAAAUCUAUGUGGAAAAAAAUCAAGCAGGAACGAUGAAUUACCCGGAGGGUGGUUAUGAAUUUGCUGCUGCAGCCUCCUUGUACAACCCGACCAGCCUGGGCUAUGCACCCUCCACGGACUCGCAUGGUUCCAGCAGUAUUGGAGGUCUUCACUCCCUCAACAGCAUGUCACCGAACCCGCUGGUCUUCUUACAGACGGCGCCCCAGCUCUCUUCCUUCGUUUCCCACAGCCAGCAAGUCCCAUACUACAUGGAGAACGAGCAGAACGGCUGCAGUAGCUUCGGGCUGCGCGAGGGACCCCCGUCGACUUUUUACAGAAUUAACAGUGACAAUCGACGACGAGCCAAUGACCACCUGCCCAGCACCAGCGAGCAGAACAGCCCAUCAGUGGCGACGUUGGAAUCCAGUAAGGAAACACGGUACUGCGCAGUGUGCAGUGAUUACGCCUCAGGGUAUCACUAUGGAGUCUGGUCAUGUGAAGGCUGCAAAGCUUUUUUCAAGAGAAGCAUUCAAGGACACAAUGACUACAUGUGCCCUGCCACUAACCAGUGCACGAUCGACAAAAAUAGGAGGAAGAGCUGCCAAGCCUGCAGACUACGUAAAUGUUAUGAAGUGGGCAUGAUGAAAGGUGGCAUCCGUAAGGAUCGUAGGGGUGGCCGGAUGUUGAAGCACAAACGGAGGAAAGACGAGAAGGAUCAGGUCAUCAAAAGUCCCGGGGUCAGCAACCGCCCCACUUCCAGCAGCAUGAAUCUGGCACAGAGGACCACCAGGCAGAACUUGCUGAUGGGAAUGACGUCAGACGAGAUUCUCAGUACCCUGAUGGAUGCUGAGCCACCCAUUGUUUACUCUGAGCAUGACCCCAGCAAGCCCUUUACCGAGGCAUCCAUGAUGACUUUGCUAACGAACCUGGCUGAUAAGGAACUGGUGCAUAUGAUUAUUUGGGCAAAGAAAGUUCCAGGAUUUGUCGAUUUAACCCUUCAUGACCAGGUGCAACUAUUGGAAUGCUGCUGGUUAGAAAUUUUGAUGAUUGGCCUUGUCUGGCGCUCCAUGGAACAUCCAGGAAAACUCAUAUUUGCUCCAGAUUUGGUUUUGGAAAGGAAUGAAGGGAAAUAUGUGGAAGGAAUGGUGGAAAUAUUUGACAUGCUCCUAGCUACGGUUUCUCGUUUCCGACUGCUGAAGCUCCGCUGUCAGGAGUACAUCUGCCUGAAGGCCAUCAUCCUGCUGAAUUCCGGUGUGUUCCCUUUCCUCUCAAGUACAAUGGAGGCUCUGAACAAUGGUGAGCAGAUUCAGAUCAUCUUGGACAAAAUCACUGAUACUUUGGUUCACUUUAUCACGAGGGCCGGGCUCUCACUGCAGCAGCAAUCUCGGCGGCUCGCCCAGCUCCUCCUCCUCCUCUCCCACAUCAGGCACAUGAGCAACAAGGGAAUGGAGCACCUGUACAACAUGAAGUGUAAGAACGUGGUGCCGCUGUAUGACUUGCUGCUGGAGAUGUUGGACGCUCACAGGAUGCACAUGCCAAUGGAUCCCGCACAGCCCAGUGGCAUCGGCACGAGCCCACUGAACAGAGGGACCACGUCAUCCACUUCUUUGUUGUCACUAAAGAAGACUGACGUGACUUUUGAAACAUCCAGAUAGGUAACUGAUGCACUGCUGCACAGUAUUAACAGAAAUCCCAACAAAAAGAACUACCUAUGAUCACACGCAAAAGAAGCAAAUGUCACUGCUGCAAAAUCAUAUAGCUUCAGCUUCAUCUAAAUGCACUCCAUCCAGGCCCUUGCCACAAAGAAUGCCCGACCGACUGAGAACAGGAAUGGUCAAUGAUGGAGGAACAAUAAGUCAUUUCCUGCAGUUCUUUACAAGUUUUCUAAUAUUGCUGAAAAGUUUAGGCACAAUUCCAAAUGCUUCUCACAUCCGUGCAAAAGACACUCACCAGAACUAAGGAUUCACGUUGCAUAGCCUUUUAACAAGUACUUGGACAAGAUGAGUUGCAAUGAUAGUUUACCUCCUAUUGGAGUGGCUGGUCUAUAAAAGUCAUGUACCAUCAAACUUGGAGUCAAAUCUGCUGCAGGCUGGUCUGGGAUUUUGUUGAACACACUGUGGGAUGUGGGCAUUGUAAACAAUUAAUUGUAGUAAUGAGCUGUGACAUUGAACUGCAUGGUUAAAGGACCACCCCCCCCCCACACACAGUGCUGUUGAGUAGCGAAUUCCCCAUUUUUGCUCCAGGGAUGACAAAGGAAUGCUAGGAUAACUUGGGGGGGUGGGGGUUUCCAUGUGACUGCUGCCCUCAUCCUUCCAGGUGACGGGGGCCCUGGCUUUGGAACACGCUGCUGCCGUGCAGUUUCUCAAUGGUAUAACCUGUAGGUAGGCAGCAAUGGUGGGGGAGCGUGCGUACAUUUUGGGUGGCGGGUGAAGAGCUUCAUGUUGGAUGCCGUUGAGCUUACUGAGUGUCAGUAGAGAUGCAUUUAUCCAGACAAAUGGACAGUGUUCCAUCUUAUUCCCCACAUACACCUUGAAGACGGUAGGAAGUCCUUUUGGUGUCAGGAGGCGAGCCACUUACUGCAGGAUAUCCAGACUUUGAUCUGCUCUGGCAGUAAGUUAAGCUUCUGUCAAAUGGUAAUCGCUUUACCCUAGACUGUCAGUGGGGAUGCUCACUGCUGGCACUUGUGUGGACUGAAAGUUAUUUGUCCCCGAUCAGAUUGUUGCUUGAAUCUUGUCAAGAUCUUCAGAGUUUUACAGGCAUAGAGAAGGAAUCCAGGCCUUUUGGCCCUUGAUACAUGUUGCCACAGGGUGAAAGUACUUGUAGUGGAAUGACUCUCAAGGUAUUUCUUAUAGCUUUGACUGGACAGCUAAAGUGGGGACUGGAAAUGUCACACUGGGACCUGGGGGACAAUUUUUAAGGAAGGGGUGGGGCAUUGUUGUUAGGGCAGAAUUAAAGAAAGUUUGCUUUUACUUAUAACCUCACUCCUCCAUCUUCAGCACCAAGUUUAAAAAAAGCAGAGCACACCAUGUUAUCUUUUUGGAAUCUGCUUGUGAAGUUCUCAGUAACCCAAGCUAUCAGUGUUGGUUGUAUCUGUAUCUGCAUUGUUGAAACCUUUGGCAUAUGGUGUGCUCAUUGUUAAAUAGAAUGAAUAGCUUAUGCCCAGUGAAGACAUUUAUAAAACAAAGUAGAUUUAAGGAGGCGUGUCCUUCCAGUUAAUACAUGUGCUUUGCACAUCUGCAGAGUUACGUUUGAUAUUAUUGUUGAUUUAAACACUGGAACUAUUGAGCUCAUAGAAACUUCAGCAAUUUAAACCCUUUUUACUGGCAAAUAGCAAUUGGUUAUAUAGUGGCCAGCUUUGCCUCUACCCUAAAAUAAAUUUUAAAGUAUAAUGGAUUUUACUGGGAACAGGAGCUGAGAUCUUUGAACAUCGCUGUGCAAUUCAGACUCUGGUGUUUGCCUCAGGACCUGAUUCCAGCAGUACUUUGGGAACAUCCCAUUCUAAACCUUGACAGGAAAAGGAGCUGUCCUUUGAACUGAGGACUGGGUUGAGUUGUCCAGAUAUAGGCAAUAUCUCACUAAUUGGAAAGCCCUUCUUUCUGCAGCAGGGCAGUUCAUCCUGAAUCACUGAUGUAUUCUCAGUGAGAAGAUGUAUCUCCUCUUUUGGAGUCUCAUCUUUUGGCAUACCAUUCUUAGAUAUGAUGGAAGAACAUAAGACAGGCGAAGGAGUAGGCCACAUGGCCCCUCAAGUCUACCCGCCAUUUAAUAUGAUCAUAGCUGAUCAACUCCAGGACAUCUCCUCUUCUGUGCCCAUUCCCCAAUUCCCAGAUCUUUCCUAAAUCCAUCUACUUGCUCUUCAAGCACCCCCAGUGAUCCAAUUUUCAAAUCCCUCUGGGCUAGAGAAUUCCAGAGAUUCACCACUACCUGGGAGAAGUUGUUCCUCUGCAUCACAGUUCAAAAUGUCCAGCCCUUAACUUUAAAAUUGUGCCUCCUGUUCAGGAUUUGCCAGCUUGUGGAAACAUGUGGAUGAUGUUUCUUUCCUUCUCUUGGUUAUUUUUACUACUCUUGCAACAGAAAUGUAUGAAUUGGAUGCCAGCAGAUUGCUACAGGGCUGGAGUAGGGACUGGUGGGUUGGAAGAGUACUACACUUGGAGGCCUGGUAAUGUUGCUGUUACUUCAGAGAUUGGAAAACUGCUUCACAAAUUAGUCACUUAAUUUAUUGCAUUUUUUGUUCCACUGCUCAGAUGAUUCUCAGGACAAAGGGGUUGUUCUCUGAGAAAUUAAAUGGGCUUGUUCUAGGGUUUUGAAGGAUGAGGAGACAAGUCCCUGGGUCCAACAGCAUUGACUGCAGUGGAAGUAAUGAUUUUCAGGGGGUUUGACAGGGUAGAUGUUAAGUGGAUUUCUUGUCAGUAGGGAAGUUGAGGACAAAGACGCAGAGUUUCAGAUAAGAUGUUGUCCACCUGAGACUCAGACAAGACAUUCAUUAACCUUAGGAAAUCUCUACCUCAGACCUGUGAACACGGUGACAUCUUGUUUUCCAUUGGAACAGAAUUAGGCCAUUUGGCCCAUUGAGUCUACUCCACCAUUCCAACCCCAUUUGUCUGCCUUCUCCCUGUAUUCUUUGAUGCCUUACUAAUUAAGAGCCUUUCAACCCCCUCUAUAAAUAUACCCAAUGACCUGGCCUCCACAGCAGAUUUGUCACCUGUUCUGUUUGAGGCUGGGAUGAAGAGGAGGUGGGGGAAUUGGGGAUUAAGAGUGUGGUAUACAGAAGUGGUGUAUAGACCCUCGAUCAUUUCAGCCAGAUGAAGAGUGAAGCAGGUUCAGGGACUGUGUGGCUUAUUCAUUAUGCAAUCUAAACUGGCAGACUUAACACUUGGGUAACGCCAGAUAAGAUCCAGGUGGGUUCUAGAUUUAUAUACUAGAUCACAACCUCUCCAUAUUCACUUUGCAAGGGGCUGUUCAACCUGUGAGCCAGAGUGCACGAAGUGCUUUAAAGACACAUGGAAUGCUCUGCACGUACCACAGCUGUGAGAUACUCAUUCUUUAGUGAAGGAUUCUUGUCUGUAUUUCUCAAUUAUAAUUGAGAAGCUAAAGUCGCCCCCUGGUUGCCAGAGACUCAGAACUUGGAGCUCGAGAAUUAGUUAUCCUUUCUCUGAAUUAAUCGCAGCAACUUUCCCGGAUGUCGUCUUAUGACUCUAGAAACUUUAGUUGCUCUUGACAGAUUUACUGUGAGCUCUUUAAAUCAACUGGCUCAGGAGGUUCAAUAUUUUCGUAACAACUGAAACAUCGACAGAACCUUUCACAAGAUCCUCUGUGCAUUUGCAGAUGAAGCAAAGAUUCUAAAGAGGAGGUAAAAAAACCAUUAAUAUUUUGAAUAUCUAGAAAUAUUUCUUACCCAGGAUUUCUCUCCUGAGUAAAGAUACUUUUAAACUGUUCAAAAUAACAAUGGGUUUUAAUAGCGUAAUAAAGGGGAAUGUGGGAAGAGGGCCAGGAACCAAGAAGGUGAUUUGCAAAAUAACCCAGGGCAGGAAUGAGGGCAGUUGGGAAGUGUUAAAGGUGAUAUGGAAGUAUUGCCUGGAACAGUGGUGGAUGCAGACAGAGAACUUACAUCCAACAAUUUUUGUUCUAAUCCUUCAAAAGAAAGUUGCCAGACUGCAGGAGAAGGGCAAAAUGGUGGAACCACUGGAGAGCACUUUCCUCUGGAGGGCUGAGUGUGUGGAAUAAUUCUGGCAAUGGGUGUUGAAUGGCCGUGUCUCUUCUUAGCAUUGAUGGAGAAAUCUACAAGUUGUCCUUUCACUGGGGAAGGGAUAACUAAUAGUAUGAGGUAAUUGUUAAGUGUAAGUGAGGUGUGCUGUGCUAGGGGAUAAUUUGUUCUCAACCUAUAAAUGGACCUUUACAUACAGCUGCUUUACCAAAGGACAGAGCCGGAAGCCAAUUUGUGCUGUCUCAUGGCUGUGCAGUAUGCAACAUCUUUAUUUCCAAGCUGAUGCAGCAAAUGAAACAAAUGCAUUGAGAGAGAGAGAGAUAUUAAACAUCACUUUUUAGUAUUAAAGAGACAGCAACUAGAUCAAUAUUUUACUUUCAGGAGGUGGGAGAAGUCCUUUGACAGUCAGGCUUGUGCUUAUUGUUUAACAAUGACGAUCUUAUGGAAGACAUCGGGUUAAAUAGCUGAGUGUUCCGUGAUUGUGUUACCAGAGAUCAUGAAUUGUGGUUGCUAUUUUAAUGAUUUGUUUUAGUUUAUAAUACAUUUUUCUAUUUUUGCACAAAAGCACAAUCAUCUGGUGGCACUUCAUGUCUGUGCAUUUGCAGAUAAUCUGGAAAGGAGAGUCUUAGACAACAUGAACUAAUUAGAGUCAUAAAGCAGUACAGCACAGGAACAGGCUCUUUGGUCCAUCUAGUCUGUGCCAAAUGACGAUACUGUCUAGUCCCACUGACCUGAGUUGGACUAUAGCCCUUCAUCUCUCUCCCAUCCAUGUACUAAUCCAAAUUUCUUGUAAAUGUUGAAAUCUAACCCGCGUCUUCUGCUGGCAGCUUGUUCCACACUCUCACCACCUUCUGAGUGAACAAGUUCCCCCUCAGAAUUCUAUUAAACAUUUCACCUUUCACCCUUAACCUUUGUCCUCUAGUUCUAGUCUCACCUAACUUCAUCUUGCUUGCAUAUACCACUGAGGUUGGGUGAGAUUAAAUUUGAGUUUAUUCACUAUUAUGAGAUGAUCAAGGUCAGUAACAUGGCGAUGGUUAAAACCUUACAGGUUGGUUGGCAACAUACCUAUUUUCACCUUGUGUUCUAUUGCCCUGUACAACUCCAGUUGCCCCACUGGCUUCAUCCAGUGCUGUAGAUAUCCUAAAUUACAUCUAACUGCUUGUUUUCUACACACACAGCGUGUAUUGAACCAAACGAUUAGUCAUCUAAAUUACUUCCAUGUAGCCGUACAUCAAUUCCAAUUUGAUCCUCUGGAAAAUUUCCUGUAUAUCUGUGUUGUUCCUAAAUUACACAACUGUCUCCCUGCUCCCCAUAAUCUUGCAUCAGUUUUGACAUCCUUCCAUUGCUCCCUCCCUCCCUCUGAAAUGCACAUAUGUAGCAUUUGUUGCGCUAAUCUCCGGUUGGCUGCCUCUCUUUAGAAAACAUUAGAGCACCUGCCUUUCCUCUGAUAGUAGGUAAGCCCUGAUAUUUUCAGACUCAGUUUCCUGAGCAAAGGGUUAAAGGGAGCGUAGUACAGUACUUGCAAUCAGCCUGCCCUGGCCACGUGGUUGGGAGCAGCUGAAUGAUCCAGCACGAAAUCAGCCCUUUGACCCAUGAGUCUGUAUUGACUGUCAAAUAUCCAUUUAUACCCAUCCCAUGUUAUUCUCUUUUCCCCCUCCCAAUUCCCAUCAACUGCCCUCUUCACUUCACACCUCACACUUGGGGCAAUUUAGAGUGGUCGAUUAACCCUGUCGGAGAACAAUGAUAAGGUUGAAUGAAUGACUGGGUCAGCUGGGCAGCAGGCAGAAAAGAAUAGAGAGAACGCACCAGCAUGUAGAAAUACCACUUCUCCAGCUAGCGAACGCAAGGAACAAAACCCUUCUCUUAACCAUGAACAAAGACAGGUUGACCAUGAAACACAAGUUGCUGAAUCACCGGUUGCCUCUGUCCCUGUAUGUAAAUGUAUCCACUCAUCCCUUCUCCAGUAACAGCAAAUUUAUGUCCAUAACUCCGAUCACCCAGUCUCAUUCUCAACAGAGCGGACAUGGUUUCUGAGUCUUCUAUGAAUUUAGGCUUUAACUGCCAGCUAAAUUUAUUUACAAAUUAAGAUUAGCCAGAGAAAAGGAAAACCAUUGUGAAAAAUGAAUACUAUAAUCUAUUAUCACUAAAUUUGAAUGUUUCAAUCUGUGAAUUUGUUUACAGUAUCAUCUAAUUGGGUCAGUUUGUGGGAGCUGAACUUAAGAGUGGUGCAUCUGGUGGUUCCCUGAACAGAAUUGAGCUGGUGGGAAGCUACCAAGAAAGCUACUUUGAUAGUUGAAUGUUCGGUCCUGUUAAUUAAGAUUUACCCAUUUUUACUACUUGUGGUCUCCACAUUGCCUCAUGGUUUACUUUUGACAAUCAUGAUGUGGACUGUGUGGCAAGCACCAGAAUUAAUGCAAGAGCAGAGACUUUUACUUAUAACUGCAGUUGAAAGCCCUUGAGCCCAUUGUCUUGCAAUUCGGCACCGCUAACAAGGGUUCUUUAAAGACUGCUGAUUAAAAUUCUUCUAAAAACUUUCAUUCUGUCCUGAAUUAUCACUACCAAUGAAGGAGCACUUAAACCUAUCUUAUUGCUCCAUCCAGGUAGAUUAAUUACAUGUUCAAUUUGCCUGUUAUGUAAAAUAUAGUUAAUUAUAACAAUUUGAGUGCGAGGAUAAGGGCCUCAGUCAAAUGGGAUACUAUUAAUUUGAAAGAAUGAAUCCAGGGAUAGAACAAGUGACCUUCCCUGAAGAUUAUUGAUAAAUAUUUCUCACAUACAAGAUGUUCCAGUGCUAACCAACUACCAAACCUGUGGCAAUGACAUCUGGAAUGUUUGCAAAGGAACAUGCCUGAUUAAAUAUAUAUUAGUGACAGUGUCGAAACUGCACAUGAUAACUGAUUGCUCCCCAUGAUUCACCAGAGACUGAGUGCUACACCACACAAAAGCUUGCCUGGUAGUGAUAGAUCAGCUCAAGACCUAUAUUACUCUGCAGCUCAUCUGUUCAGACAAGAUGAAUGUAUUUUUGUGGGUUAUCAGAGCUUACACACUUUGUGAAUAGAGCAUUUUAUGGCAUUCACAAGCUUUUCUGAGUGGCCUGCUUCAUCAGUCUUUGAAAAUAGUUUGCAUUUUUUCUGAACUUUUUGAAAUCAUUUAAAGAGGACAAUACAUUGGGUUAAAUGCUGUCUUAGUUUACGCAAGGAUUGGAAUUUACAUAAUCACUUUAUAGCUUUACUACAUAAUCUGAAUCAUAGUGCAUUAGUAAGUAUAAUUUGAAGAGAUAAGUAAAUGGCAUACAUUUAUCAUUCUUUAUGGCAGCUGCUCAAAAUCUCUCUUGUUGAAUUGUGUAAAUGGUUUAAAAUAUAUUGGGUGCUGCUGCUUAAAGUAGCAGUGAAAUACAGACUGAAAUUGGACUUGCCCAAAAAUUCCAGGUUGGUCAUGGAGUCUAUGUGUAUUCAGUCAACGUUUACUUUACAGCAAGUAGCUCCCCAAAAUGGCUGGAUUUGAAACACUGCAGCACUCCAGUAUGAACUUAAGCAGAGAUGCACUCAGUGGCCACUUUGUUAGAUACAGGAACAGAACCUGGUGUGGUCAAGGUUUGACACGCUGUGCAUUCAGAAUGUUAUUCUAUAUACCAGAAUUGUGAUGAUUGGUUACUGGAGUUACCGUCAGCUUGCACCAGUCCAGCCAUUCUCCUCCGAACUCUCUCAUUAACAGGGUGCUUUUGCCCAUGGAACUGCUGCUCACUGAUUUUUGUUUUUGCACCAUUCUCUGUAAACUCUAGAGACUGUGUGUGAAAAUCCCAACGUCAGUGUUUUCUGAGAUACUCAAACCACCCUGUCUGGCACCAAUAAUCAUUCCAUGGUCGAAGUCACUCAGAUCACAUUUUGCCACCAUUCUGAUGUUUGGUCUGAACAACAGCUGAACCUCUUGACCAUGUCUGCAUGUUUUUUGAUUGGGUUGCUACCACAUGAUUGGCUGAGUAGAUAUUUGCACUACAAGCAGGUGGCCACUGAGUGUGUUUGCACAGUGCGGUUCCAGAGGUUUCAUGUGCCAUCAAGUGCUUCUUUUCUUGCAAAUUUUAAUGAAAAACAUCUAGCUUAAGAAAAAUCUUCAAAGUACACCAUAUCUUGCAUUGAAUAGCUGAAUCCUCUGGAUUCUAUUCCAACUAUAUAAUGGAGAACAAUUCUGAUUAACAAAUGAACUACAGUUCUUCAAGUUUGGUAGGGCUUUGACAAUGAUUGCAAUCCAAAUGCCUUGUUGACAGUUAUUUUCCUGCAGUCUACUUGCAGAAGUGUGUGAAGUCCAUGCCUUGCUUAGGAAGUCAGUGAAGUACUUUUGUUCAUUAUUUUUUUAAAAGCUUUUUAUGUGCUGUGAUGCAAUUGUGCCCAUAUCCAUAAGAAGCUUGUUGUAAAAAUCGUUUCAGGUGAUUCACUCCACUGAAAUCCCCGCACACUACAUGGGGCCCAAUGUUUUUGGAAUACCGCAAGUGCCCGAAAUGUUUUAACCAAAGAGAAAUAUGUAUUUUUUUAAAAUUGCAGUUGUGUGUGUAUGGAAGAAAAAUUAAAGAACUUGCAGAUAUAAUAAAAACACAACUGGGUGCCACAGAUCCACAAAUGAUGGAUCGUGCCUCCAAGCAGACAGCUCGCAGUGUAUCUGUAAAUUGGAAUGUGCAAGCUAUUCCUGUAAGAAAAUGAAGAACUCAAUCACAAUGUUUGAUGACAUACUUGUGGUCUGUGGCCAAAGAGUCCGGGUUAUUUUCCCCUCAUUACUGACAAUUCUGUACAUCUGCAGCCUUGCUCACCAAAUUUCGUGUCACAUGCCGGUGAUAAUAAACCUGAUUCUAGUUCCUCUCCGGACCCACUGCAAUUGGAAUCACGGUUGUCAAUUUGGAUGGGGGAAGUUUGACAGAUGCUUGAGCCUAAAAUGUCACCCAUGUCACUUUGGCUUUUACCAGUAUGUGUGGAUGGGGAAUGUGAAUUGGGCAUAAUUAAGCUUUUGCAAAAUGAAGUGGGGGCUUGUCAGGAGGACCAUAUUAACUGUUCAACAUACAUACAGCUAUCAUGGGUGUGGAACUCUCGUCUUUGCUUCACACUUAUAAUACAUGCUACCUAUAUUGGUGAAUUGCUUGAACUACCUAUUGCCAUACACUACCUAAUAAAUUUAAUGGUGGCCCUUCUCUAAUCAGCAAAGGGUCUGCACUUUGUAGCACCAAGAAAGCGUUUUGUGGCAGACUUUCCUUUCGAAAUACACUGUUUCAGCCGAUGCAGUCUGUAAUUUUUGUGUGAUUGCAUGUAGAAUGAUUUUAUUUGCAUAUUGAAUGAAUGAAA